AGUAGAGCAACGAGCCACAGAUAGAGAGAGGAGGAUAGAGCUUCUCACCAUGCUGUAGAACACCCAUGUCUCCAAUCUAGCUUCUAAAGGAUCCUGAAAGGAAUAUUCUCAUAGAUUUAACUCAGUGUGUUAUUUUGGAUUAUGCAUAUCUGUGUUUUCCCCUGCACUGGAUCUGGAUGCAGGAUCUAGCCAGCUCAGAACUGCAGCAAGUCAGCUGGUUUUAUCCAUUUACCCCAUAUGGCUUUUUCCUCCCUUUUUCUCUUCUGUUUGUUUGAAUUGCGAAGAUGAGCAAGAGGCAGUCGGUCAGCUGCACAGUGAGCACAGGGGAGCAGGAGGACACACAGAACAGUACAGGCAUUUUGAAAUAGAAAUAUAAAAGGAGGAGAGGAAGAGGAGGAGGAAGAGGAGGAAGAGGAGAGUCUGUGUUGUGUGGCAGAGUUGUGGUGUGCCCUGCUCAGUGCCUAGCAGUAACAUGGCUGUGAUACAGAAGAAGGAACACAGGGAGACCCCCAGCAAGAAGAUAGCACCCCAAGAAAACAGAAAGGGUCUUUCUACCAGAGAUACUCAAGACAAGCAGAAAAAGGAGAGCAGAGCCGGGAGACAGGGAGAAAAAGGCAAUGAAGACAUAAAGCCCAAUAAUUCAGAGAAGAGGAGAGCAGUCAUCUGUGUCCCUGCCUCCAUCAAAUCAGCUGUGAUCAGUAACAACACAACCAGUCCUGUAAACGCAGCAGGGCCACAGGCGCUGAAGGUUGAUGACAGGCUGAGACUAGCGAAGGAGCGGAGGGAGGAGCAUGAGAAUCAGCUUGUGUCCAGAGAGCUGGGCUGGUUGGCUCGAGAGGAGCGGGCCAGGCGUCUUUAUGAGCAGCAGCUGGAGGUGAGGAAGAGGAGGCUACAGGAGCAGAGAGAGAAGGAGGAGAAGCGAAGGACAGCUCUUAAGCGGAGGGAGGAGCUUAAGAAACAGCUUGUGUCCAGAGAGCUGGGCCGGUUGGCUCGAGAGGAGCGGGCCAGGCGUCUCCAUGAACAGCACCUGGAGGAGAGGAAGAGGAGACUGCAGGAGCAGAGAGAGAAGGAGGAGAGGAGGCGCACUGCAGUGGAGGAGAAGAGGAGGCAGAGGAUGAAGGAGGAGACAGAGCGCUAUGAGUCUGUGGUGAAGACGACCUUAGAGAAGUGCCAGAGGGCCAAACAGAGACUGAGCCAGGGCUCUCGAGGAAGGAAGACAAACAACAAGUGCGUUCCUCGCAGCUCUCCCCUGACUGCCUGGGAGAGGGCUCUGGUCUGUCGCCUCCUCACCCCAACAUGCUCCUACCUAGCCAGGAGAAGGAGUCAUAGUUGUCAGUCAAGAGAAGAGGAAGUUGUCCAUGUUUGUCCCCGUUCAGCUUCAUGCCACUCCAUACCUGCCACUGCCACCAACUGUCAUAAAUCACCACACUGCUCUGGCACACCUGACCACCACCAGGUGCAGGCAGGCCUCCAGGCAAACUACCGCUCUGGCACACCUGACCACCACCAGGUGCAGGCAGGCCUCCAGGCAAACUACCGCUCUGGCACACCUGACCACCACCGGGCACAGUCAGACUUCCAGGCAAAUCUCCGGGCAGACUACCGGUCUAUCAUCUGGGCAAACUACCAGUUAAAAGCAGCACAGCAGAAGGAGAGUGAGAGGACGUUCAGGAGGAAUAGACAGCAGCCUCACAUACCCAAUGUUCCCGUGAAAGUGUUACCCACAAAUCCACAGAGCAGAGAUUCAGUGCCCUCUCCAGAACGUAAAUCUGUGAUCAGACACAAACCUGUGAUCAGACAGCCUCCAUCACAGCACCUUGGGCUGGAACUGUACCCUGUUCCGGAGGAGGAUGGUCCUCCAGUCUCCAACCAAACCCUCUCCCCUGGGAACUCACGGCCCAGCCAGACCAUCUCUCCUUGGGCUCCAGUCUCCAACCAAACCCUCUCCCCUGCGAACUCACGGCCCAGCCAGACCAUCUCUCCUUGGGCUCCAGUCUCCAACCAAACCCUCUCCCCUGGGAACUCACGGCCCAGCCAGAGCAUCUCUCCUUGGGCUCCAGUCUCCAACCAAACCCUCUCCCCUGGGAACUCACGGCCCAGCCAGACCAUCUCUCCUUGGGCUCCAGUCUCCAACCAAACCCUCUCCCCUGCGAACUCACGGCCCAGCCAGACCAUCUCUCCUUGGGCUCCAGUCUCCAACCAAACCCUCUCCCCUGGGAACUCACGGCCCAGCCAGAGCAUCUCUCCUUGGGCUCCAGUCUCCAACCAAACCCUCUCCCCUGGGCACUCACGGCCCAGCCAGAGCAUCUCUCCUUGGGCUCCAGUCCCCAACCAAACCCUCUCCCCUGGGAACUCACGGCCCAGCCAGACCAUCUCUCCUUGGGCUCCAGUCUCCAACCAAACCCUCUCCCCUGGGAACUCACGUCCCAGCCAGACCAUCUCUCCUUGGGCUCCAGUCUCUAACCAAACCCUCUCCCCUGGGAACUCACGGCCCAGCCAGACCAUCUCUCCUUGGGCUCCAGUCUCCAACCAAACCCUCUCCCCUGGGAACUCACGGCCCAGCCAGACCAUCUCUCCUUGGGCUCCAGUCUCCAACCAAACCCUCUCCCCUGGGAACUCACGGCCCAGCCAGACCAUAUCUCCUUGGGCUCCAGUCCCCAAUCACACCCUCUCCCCCGGGAACUCACAACCAAUCAGGAUCUCAGCAGCAGCAUGGGACCAGGUCCAACCAUUCCUAGGCCCAGCAGAACCUCAGACAGUCCCCACACCAAGAACUGAGGGCGAUACAGGCCCCCUUCCUGGAGCCCCCUCCUGCCCCAGGCUGUCUGCUGGCACCAUGGAUCCAGAGGAGGCCUCAUGUCUUCUGGCCGAGAAGAGAAGAGAGGCCCGUCUGAAGAGAGAGAGAGAGGAGGAAUGCCUGAGCAGGGAGGAGGUAGAGAGGAGAGGCAGAGAGGAGCUGGAGCGCAGGAGGGCAGAGGAGCGAGCACGGGUCGAGGCUGAGGCCCAGUGGCUGGUAGAGGAGAGGAGGGAGGAAGAGGAGCAGAGACAUGCAGAGGAGGAGAGAGCCAUCCGGGCCACACAGGAAGCUGCUCUCCUCCAGAAACAGAGAGAGGAGGAGGAGGCCCAGGCCAGGGACAAGGCAGAGCAGCAGAGGCUGCAGAGAGAGAAGCACUUCCAGAAGGAGGAGGAACAACGGCAGGAGAGGAAAAAGCGACUGGAGUUGAUCAUGAGGAGGACUAGGAAGACCUCAACUGAAGAUAAAAAAAAGCCUGUCCUGAAUGGGAAGUCAAACAGGAACUCCUCUCCAGGGGAAGCCCAACCAAAAAAGAACACUGAGCCUGUGAAGAACGGCAACGGCACAUUAGAAGAGGUCAUCAACCUAGGGGUCGGGACGGGGACCAAGCCGUCCAAUCUAGGUCUGAGUGGCGUGGAAGACAACAUGGUUCCUGUCGUGGCCUUCAAGGAACGCAGGUCCCUGCUAACUCUGACCGGCAUGGAGGAGAUCCAGUCCCAUCAGAGGGCAGGUGAGAGCUCAUCGCCACAUCCUCCGUCAGCUCAUCUAUACUCUCUAUGCUAUGUAGAUAUUACACUAGAGUCUUGAACACUAGAGCCCCCCCACCCCCAAAAAGUCCAAGAUUUCUACCGCCAAGAGGUUAUGGGCUCUCAAUAUUCAAUGCAUGAUUCGAACCCGGAAGCAGAUGACAUAGUUAAGGUCUCUCAAUCAUUUCCUUGUAUGUGUCUCUAAGUCUAAGAUAAAUAUGUGAAUCAGCUGAUUUUAUGUUAUUAACCCAUUUCUAUCACAUACUCGUUAGAAGUUAUCUGAGUAUCGUACAGAUCAGAGAGGGGAGACAACCCAUCCACGAAUCUUUCCACAGCAUUUUUUCCUUUUUUUUGACAAAGAGAGGAAUAACUGCAGCCUUUUUCCUGCCCUGCACUUUUAGAGAGAGUAUGUGAUGAGAAACAAACAUUUCUCUGGAGGACUUUCCGAUCUCACCACCAUUUGGUCACACUUCUCUUUAAUCCAAAAUGGCACGAGCUGCAUUUGUCAUCAUCUACAACACUAGAUAGGGGAGCUUGUUUGUCAUUGCAACAACUCUGAACAAUGUUUUAUCUAGUCUGUAAAUGAGGGUCCAUGCCUCAUAGCUGCAGAUUUAAACUGAUUAAAUGAGUAGUUUGAUAUGAUGGGCGUUAGAUACACAAUUUAUUAAUACAAAUAUGUAUUCUGUCUAUACAUUUUUAACUAUUGGUACUGAAUGUCUCCCAAUCAUGACUGAUGCUUUUAGCCAUGUGCUUUAGCUUUUCCUAACUAUGCUGCUAUUUGAGCACUUUGCCUUCCAGUUAGUAGGAUAGUGGUGUGCUAGUUUCAGAGCAAAAGCUUUUGUUUUGAGUUCAAAUAAAAGGCCACUUUCUGACUAUAAUCUAAUAAGAUUUUUCAAAGCUGCUAUGGAACUUGUGUGGUUUGUCAUUUUAGAGAGCUAUACUCAGUUAAGGGUUGACCACUUCCAAAGUAUUUUGGCAGUUCCUUACAUGGAAAUUGUGCAAUCAUUUUAGAAAACAAAUUAUAAAGAGUCUGAAGUAUAAAAUGUAAGUCUGUCUUUUAAAGUGUAAAAACAAAUAAAGCAAUGCACUGAUAAAACUGUGA